AUCACCUAAAGCUCUAUUUGGGUUGUGAAAUUUAAAGAAGAAGUCUUUCUUUCUUUCUUUCUUUCUUUCUUUCUUUCUUUCUUUCUUUCUUUCUUUCUUUUUCUUUUCUGUGCCCCUCCCUCGUCAUCCCUCUCCCACUCCCUCCCCCGAACCAUACUUACUAUUUCCCCCCUCUUCUUCCAAACCAUCUUAUAUUUAGAAUUUCGAGACUUACUUUCAAUGCAUACUUAGUUUCAACUGGGGAAUCAACACAAGCAAAAGCAAUUUUUCCGUGUCUUGACAUCUAGCUUCCUAUUGGCUCACAACGGGUCAGCUGACUUUGUCAUUUUGUCUGUCCUGGAGUGGAGCCGUCCCUAUAACAAUCUAGUUCAGACUACAAACUGGAGACAGAAAUAAAUAUUAAAGAAAUCAUACAAGCCAGGUAUAGGGGGAAAGAUAUGAAUUCCUAUUUCACAAACCCGUCGUUGUCUUGCCACCUCACCAGUGGUCAAGAGGUCCUGCCCAACGUGGCGAUCAAUUCCUCUGCUUAUGACCCUGUAAGGCAUUUUUCAACUUAUGGAGCAGCGGUUGCUCAAAACAGGAUCUAUUCAUCUCCUUUUUAUUCACCGCAAGAUAAUGUUGUGUUUAGCUCCAGUCGGGGACCAUAUGAUUACGGAUCUAAUGCGUUUUAUCAAGAAAAAGACAUGCUCUCUAGCUGCAGGCAAAAUUCUAUGGGACACAAUACACAAACUUCCAUUGCACAGGAUUUUACAAGUGACCAAAACAGGAGCACAUCCCAGGAACAGAAAACUAGCAUUCAAAUAUACCCGUGGAUGCAGCGCAUGAACUCCCACAGUGUUUGUUUCGUUUCCGAAUCCAUAGGGGUCGGCUACGGAGCAGAUCGGAGGAGGGGGCGUCAGAUCUACUCGCGUUACCAGACCCUGGAGCUGGAGAAGGAGUUCCAUUUCAAUCGCUACUUGACGCGGCGGAGGAGGAUUGAGAUAGCCAACGCUCUUUGCCUAACUGAACGCCAGAUCAAGAUCUGGUUUCAAAACAGGAGGAUGAAAUGGAAAAAAGAAAGCAAUUUGAGUUCCACCCUGUCUGGGGGAGGUGGCGCUGGAGCAGCUGCAGAUAGCUUGGGCGCAAAGGAGGAGAAAAGGGAAGAAACAGAAGAGGAGAAACCAAAGGAUUGAAAACACUGACGGUGCUGCCAGCUCCCAGCUCCCUCUCCCUUCCCCAACACACACACACUCUCUCACACACAUUCGCACACGGUCCCGCUUCCUCUUCUUUCUCGGUCUCUUUCUCUCUCGCCCCCACUCCCAAUUUCUCCUUUCCAUUCUCUAUUACCACUUGCACAAUCUAUACAUUUGGUUGUAUGAGAGAGAGAGAGAGAGAGAGAGAGAGAGAGAGAGAGAGAGAGAGAGAGAGAGAGAUGUGGACGUGGGAGACCUCCCCUCCCCCAUCUCCUCCAUCUCUCCAGCAGUGAUGCACCCACUUUCAUAACUUUCUUCCUAAGGAGCUCAUCAAUCCCCCCCAACCUCACCAACCCACCCCCCUCUCUCUGCCUUUGCAUCCGAGUCCAGUUAUCUACCUUUGCAUAAAGACUGUAUUUAAUGCAAACCCCUCCACCGCUACCACCACCACCCGCCAUUCCUUCUCCUCUUCCCUAGACAGAAUAGUUUUGCUUGCAAAAAGGCAGAUCCCCCUGCAGGGGCUGCUUUGGGUUGCGUUGGGAUCAACCAUGUCAAAAAGGCACUCUAUGCAGUUUCGCUUCCAAAAUGAUGAUAAUUAUUGUGGUGGUGGCGGUGAUGUAAGUGGGGGGGGGGGGAAUUGAAUUGCCUACCCCUGUGAAAAUAUUUCCUUCCAUGCCCACCUUCUCCCACACCUCCAAGCUAUGUCUACCUAAAUAUAGCAUUUUCCAGAGUAAACUAAUUGUAUUUAAACACUACCUGAGGUCAUUAUGCAUUCUACAAACUGUGACAGUUUCUGUGUGAAUAUUUUUAGCUGUAUUUGUGGUCUCUGUAUUUAUAUUUAUGUUUAGUACUGUAAUGUUCAAGCAGUAUAAACGUGAAUGGAAUUCUAUAGCAAGUAGGAGGAAAUAAAAAAAUAAAUCUUGUGUUACACUCUCUAACAUCAUGUAUAAAGGUCACGUCCAGAGGACUAUGGUUGAGUAUUUAAUAAAAACUGGAUAUUAUUUUUAAAAGUUA